AAGGUCCCUGCUUUACUGUGGAGGGAGAAGGGAUUGACUGAAGAGCGGGACAGGGAACGGGCUGUGUAGGAUCCUGCUCCAGGAGCCGAAGUUCGUGGGGCUGAGAGAAGGGGAUCGUCAGGUAAGACAGGAAUAAUGGGCAGUGAGAGGAUGGAAUGGACUCAGGAUUUGACCUUAUAGGAAUGUGAUUACCUAACUCUCAGGAAUUCGGCCUGGGGCAGUCAGCUUGCUGAGGACUAAAGCCUAUUCCUAGGAGAGACACCAAGGAGAAUGGCACCUGGGAGCCAGAGACCCUCAUCCCAGGAGUUGGUGACAUUCAAGGAUGUGGUUGUGAACUUCACUGAGGAGGAGUGGGGCCUCUUGGACCAUUCUCAAAAAGAGCUGUACAAGGAGGUCAUGCUGGAGAAUAUCCACAACCUGCUGUCCCUGGAUUUAGAGACCAGGUUUGAAGUAAAUGAGGUGACUAGAAAUCUUGGAAUUUUCCUGGAAAAACGUGACCUGCAAAGAUUCAUGAAUGAUCAUGCUUGGGACUUCAAGUGGAGAGAAAUCCGUGACUCUGAUAUCAACUUAGAUAAAAAUCCAAAGAGUGAAUAUGAAUUUGAUGAAAUUGGAAAGAGAUUCAGUCAAUCUUGUAUCCUAAAUCACUGUAAGAAAAUGACCUCAGGGAAUGACUGUCUUCAAGAUAGUGAAUAUAGCAAAUGCUUUGCUGAAGAGAGAGAGCCUUUUGAGCCCCAGGAGAAGGCUCCUGUAAUGCCAGUGUAUUCAGGAAAUCAAUGGGAAAUGGCCUGGAAGUGGAGUUCAGGCCUUAUUAGACAUCAGAAAAGUGAUACUGGAGAAAUGUUUUGUGUAAGUAAUGCAGGUGGGAAGGCCUUGAGUCAGAAUUCUAACCUUAUUACUUAUCAACAAAUUCCCAUUAGGAAGGAGCCUGAUAAAUAUAAUCAAUGGGAAGCAACCCCAUCCCGUCACUCAUCUCUUCUUUGCCAGCCUAGAUUGUACUCUGGAAUGAAAAGUUAUGUAGAUCUUCAGUGUCAGAAGGCCUUUGGUUGUGACUCAGAUCUUGAUAGAUCUCAUAAGACUCAUACUGGGGGGAAGUUUUAUGAAUGUCAUGAGUGUGGGAAGGCUUUUUGCCGCAGAUCACUCAUUAUUCGCCAUCGGAGAAUACAUACUAGAGAGAAACUUUUUGAAUGUAACCAGUGUGGAAAAGCUUUUACACAGAGCUCCAGUCUUGCUGUACAUCAGAGAAUCCACAGUGGAGAAAAACCUUAUGAAUGUGAUUACUGUGGAAAGACUUUUACAGACAGGGGCAAUCUUACUGUACAUCAGAGAAUUCACACUGGAGAGAAACCUUAUGAAUGUCAUCAGUGUGGAAAGACUUUCACACAGAGCUCCAGUCUUGCUGCCCAUCAGAGAAUCCACACUGGAGAGAAACCUUAUGAAUGUAAUCUAUGUGGAAAGGCUUUGAGAGACAGGGGCAGUCUUGCUGCCCAUCUGAGAAUCCACACUGGAGAGAAACCUUAUGAAUGUCAUCUAUGUGGAAAGGCUUUGAGAGACAGCGGCAGUCUUGCUGCCCAUCUGAGAAUCCACACUGGAGAGAAACCUUUUGAAUGCAAUUAUUGUGGAAAGACGUUUACACGCAGGGGCAGUCUUUUUGCCCAUCAGAGAAUCCACACUGGAGAGAAACCUUAUGAAUGUAAUCACUGUGGAAAGGCUUUCACAGAGAAGAGCACUCUUGCUGCACAUCAGACAGUCCACAGUGGAGAGAAACCUUAUGAAUGUAAUCAAUGUGGAAAGGCUUUCACGAGGAAGGAGAGUCUUGCUGCCCAUCAGAGAAUCCACAGUGGAGAGAAACCUUUUGAAUGUAGUCAAUGUGGAAAGGCAUUCAGAACAAGCUCCCAGCUUGCUGGACAUCAGAGAAUCCACACGGGAGAGAAACCUUAUGAAUGUAAUCAGUGUGGCAAGGCUUUCAGAGACAAGGCAAGUCUUGCUGUACAUCAGAAAAUCCACAGUGGAGAGAAACCUUUUGAAUGUAAUCAAUGUGGAAAGACUUUCAUAACGAGCUCCCAUUUUGUUGCCCAUCUGCGAAUCCACAGUGGAGAGAGACCUUUUGAAUGUAAUCUAUGUGGAAAGACAUUCAGAAUGAGCUCCCAUCUUGUUGCCCAUCAGAGAAUCCACAGUGGAGAGAAACCUUAUGAAUGUAAUCACUGUGGAAAGGCUUUCAUAAACAGGAGCAAACUUGGUGCCCAUCAGAGAAUCCACACUGGAGAGAAACCUUAUGAAUGUAAUCACUGUGGAAAGUCUUUUACAGACAAGGGCAAUCUUGCUGCCCAUCAGAGAAUCCACACUGGAGAGAAACCUUAUGAAUGUAAUCUAUGUGGAAAGGCUUUGAGAGACAGGGGCAGUCUUGCUGCCCAUCUGAGAAUCCACACUGGAGAGAAACCUUUUGAAUGCAACCAUUGUGGAAAGGCUUUCACACGGAGGGGCAGUCUUUUUGCUCAUCAGAAAAUCCACACUGGUGAGAAACCUUAUAAAUGCAAUCACUGUGGAAAAGCUUUCACAGAAAAGGGCAAUCUUGCUGCCCAUCAGAGAAUCCACACUGGAGAGAAACCUUAUGAAUGUAAUCAAUGUGGAAAGACUUUCAAAGACAGGGGCAGUCUUACUGCCCAUCAGAGAAUCCACACUGGAGAGAAACCUUUUGAAUGCAGUAACUGUGGAAAGGCUUUUACACACAGGGGCAGUCUUACUGCCCAUCAGAGAAUCCACACUGGAGAGUAACUUUAUGAAUCUGGAAAGGCUUCCAUCAACCAGGCAGGGUCUUGCUGCACAUCAGAGAAUCCACAGUGGAGAGAAACCUUUUGAAUGUAAUCAAUGUGGAAAGACUUUCAAAAGGAGGCAGAAUCUUGCUCCAGGAGACCACUGGCAGUGGAUAGAAGAGGAAAUGUGGGGGAGAAAGGUGUAAGAAUACUGGAAAGGUUAGAGAGGGCGAAGUUAUGCAGGGCUUUGAAUACCAAGCUGAGCAUUUUGUGUUUGUUCCUGGAAAUAGUAGGAAGACACUGGAGUUUGAGUGGGAGAGGGGCGUGACAUGGUCAGAACUGCAGUUUAGGAAAAUGACUUUGGAGCUGGACUGGAAUGGGGAGAGACUUGAGGCAGGCAGACCCCCUCCCCCAACAUCUAAUGUAAUAGUCCAGGUGUGAGGUGAUGGUGCUUUGUUGAAAGGUGAUUGAGAAAUCUUAACGUGGAGUCUAAUUCAUUAUUUUUUAGGGAAAAAGGUGGCCUGGGUAAAUGGGGAGGGAAGGAGUCUACAGGUCUUUGUUUACUCCCAGGCACAGAAGAAUAAUUGAAAUCUCUUUGGGGAGUCCUCAAUCUGAUUCAAUCUGGAAUGGGGGGCGAGGAUGGGGCAUCAGAUUCCCAAGCUCGCAGGAAGGAGUGUCUACUUGGAGACAUCGCUGCAUUGUUGGGGCAGGGCUGCCAGCACUGAACACAGGCCACCUAACUAACUUAGGCUAGGUAAAGUGACCUUUGGACUUUCAGCCCCCCAUACUCCCUCCCACUGGGACAAAAGCAGGUCAAUCAAGCAGGGUGGAAUCAAGUUUGAACUUGCCUGCUGUGAACUUCCUCUGAGAUUAAUAUGUUCAUUUUUCAUGAGUUACCUACAAGGCACAUGCACUGGACAGAGCAUGCAUGUUUGAUGGAAGGAGCCUGCAGUGAGCCAUAGCUGUGCUCACUCCCAGAUGCCUUUGCUUGUGUUAUGUGGCUGAUCUUGCCGUCCUAUGCCCCUUCCUCCCCAAACUAGGCCAAACCAGCCUUGCAGUCAACUGUUCCUGGAAAACAUCCUCCUUCUCUGUCCACCUGAUCCUGGGAAAGAUCGUCCAUCCUUUUCCCCAACCCCUCUCUGAACUUCCCAUUGUGGUUUUCAUGCAUAAAUCUCCCCUGCCCCUCCUUGGCUGUCAGGUUUUUUAUGUCACUAGUGUCUGAUGUUCUUCUUAAUAAAACCUUUAUGUUUUCAA